UCGUCAGCAUUCAUACUUUGGAUAACAUCGCGUGAGGUCAUUUUGCCAGUUUCUCUCGAUCAGUUCAGAUCAUUUGACCUUGAGGAAGAUGUCUCAUACACUUCAUCCAAUUUAUCAAGAGAAUAAAGGCGUGGUAUACAAUCGCGCCUGUCUCCCUCUACCUCCUCGAGAAGGUCUGACCACGGUGAAGCUCAAUGAUUAUAAAGAUGUUCCUGAGGAGCCGCUAUUUGAUCCAAAAAUUCAUUUGGACCUCCAAAUGCCGGCCUACAUUCGAGUUUUGGAAACCUUUGAAAAAAGCACCACGUUUCCCAAGACCAAUAAGACCGGCGGAUCUGACUUUGCAUAUUCCUCGCCAUUUCAGGUGCUGAGCGCUGAAGGUAUUCGCGUCAUCAAGGAAAUUGUGUUUCGGAACGAGAAGUAUGCCGUGGGCCCUCAACAUGCCAGAGGGGGAAAACUCGCUCUCCGAGGCCUCUAUUACCUGUCACCAUUCAUCAGAGAUUUUCAAAAUUGCAAGGAACUCUCCGUGUUCUUCGAGACGAUUGUUGGGGAGAAGCUCAUUCCAGCUUGCUGUUUCAGUCACGUCCCUCAGGUGAAUUUAAGCCUUUUGGAUGCCACAGCAACAAAUGCGCCAUUGGACAAUUGGCAUUGGGAUUCCGUGGCCUAUACUGGAGUGGUGCUCCUCAAUGAUAUGACGGAGAUGUUGGGUGGGGAAUUGGAGAUCAUGCUCAUGGACAAGAAAAAGGCAUUGAAUGAACUAGGCAAGGACAAAAUCAUCAACGGGGUGCACUCUGAAAUAAUCAGCUACGAAAAUCCGGGCAAGAUGAUCUUUGCCCAAGGCUCUGAGAUUCUCCACCAUGUUACUCAAGUCAAAAGCGACCAUAGGAGGAUUUCCAUGAUCAUGGCGUACUCUCCGGCCAAUACUUUCCAACCUCCCAAGUCGGUUCUGGCUACAUGUCGACGGGUGGAUCAAGUUCACAAACUGGGAGACUACGAAUACUUCCGCGAAAAAGCUUGGCAAUGUUCCCAUGCUCUGAAAUACUACGUGGAGAACAUUCAAUACAGCAACGACGGCCAUUUCUUUGCUCGAAAACUGAGAGUCAUUGCAGAGGAGUUGAAUCGGGCCGCCGAUAUACUGGACAGUAAGAAGGAUGACAUGAUCAAAAUGUACGACGAGGUCAACAAGACGGUCUCCACGGAUUAUACGGCAUGGUACAAGAAACAAGAGGAGAGCAAGGAAAACGGUGCUUAGACUUCGGAAAGGUCCAUUUGCCAAGUAACGCAACCUUAGACUAAAACGACUAUUUGUAAUCAGAUUUCUUUUGGUUAUUCUUAAAAGUGCACUUCUCUGAAUGACACGGACGAUGAUGAAAGUUUCCUGUGAUUUUCCAUUCUUAUGGCUUUUUAACUUGAAUGACCAUAGUUCCUCCUUUAGCUGGGGCUCUAGCUUUGUUGGAUGGGUACAUGCCCGCUUUCAUCCGAGGUGCAAAUGAAUUUACUCCCCGGGAGACUGCCAUAAAUCAGCAACAGACCCUUCAAAAAUCAUCCAAAAAUCUCGAAGUUGCAGAGAUCUUGAGCGCCUUUCUACCUUCCACAUGAAUAAAUAAGAUUUACACCAGA